GUCAGCCACCCUCCUAAGCAGAAGGUGGCGGCAAUGCGCCUAAAGUUACUGUUGUUGCCAAUAGCCAUUACAAGACAAGAAGAAGAAAAAGAACGCCCAUUUUGCAGGCAUCGAAUUGUGCUGAAAUAUCAACAGACAGAAGAGGACAAAGAGCUGCAAUGGACGGUGAUGUUGCGGUUGGUGUGAAGAGAGGCUCAGAUGAGCUCAACAUGUACAGUAGCAGCCCCAGCUCUUUGACCGCGAACGGCAGUGACAGUAAGAAACAGCGUUUGGAGGAAUCCCCUCCCUCCAGAGUUCUCCACAUCAGGAAACUUCCCAACGAAGUGUCCGAGACUGAAGUCAUCGCUUUGGGGCUGCCCUUCGGAAAAGUCACCAAUAUACUAAUGCUGAAGGGGAAAAACCAGGCGUUUCUGGAGUUGGGUACAGAAGAAGCUGCCAUUACUAUGGUGAACUACUACACAGCAGUCACACCUCAGGUCAGAAACACUCCUGUCUUCAUCCAGUACUCUAACCAUAAGGAACUGAAAACAGACUCUGCUCUGAACCAGAGGGCCCAGGCAGUGUUGCAGGCCGUGUCAGCAGUUCAGGAUGGAAGUUCUCCAUCCUCUGACCCUGGAGUUUUGGACCUAGCUCCACCCCCCAGCCCUGUCCUGCGAAUUAUCAUCGACAACAUGUUUUAUCCUGUGACACUGGAUGUUCUACAACAGAUCUUCAGUAAGUUUGGGACGGUAAUGAAGAUUAUAACCUUCACCAAGAACAACCAGUUUCAGGCUCUUCUGCAAUUCAGCGAUCCCGUCAAUGCACAGCAAGCUAAACUGUCUUUGGAUGGACAGAACAUCUAUAAUUCAUGCUGUACUCUGCGGAUAGACUUCAGUAAACUCGUCAACCUCAACGUCAAAUACAACAAUGAUAAGAGUCGAGAUUACACCAGACCUGACCUUCCUACUGGAGACGGAGAGACAGCCAACAAGGAUCAUUCUUUAUUGGGUACCCCAUCUGGAGCACUAGCUUCCUACUCUAGUGGAGGAGGUUACUCAUCUUCUCUCUCCCUCGCGCAGGGUGGAGGAGCCAUCAGUCCUCUGAGCGCUGCAGCAGCAGCAGCAGCAGCUGCUGGUCGUGUUGCUCUGUCUGGGUCCGGAGUGUCAGGAGUGCUGUUGGCAUCCAACCUAAAUGAAGAGAUGGUCACGCCUCAAAGUCUCUUUACCCUCUUCGGAGUCUAUGGUGAUGUACAGAGGGUGAAGAUCCUCUACAACAAAAAGGACAGUGCUCUGAUACAGUUGUCCGAUGGCAACCAGGCUCAGCUGGCUAUGAGCCACUUGAAUGGUCAAAAGGUGUUUGGCAAAGUAAUGAGAGUGACACUGUCUAAACAUCAAACUGUGGCUUUGCCCAGAGAAGGAUUGGAUGACCAGCUACUAACUAAAGAUUUCUCUGGCUCACCACUCCAUCGCUUUAAGAAGCCAGGAUCCAAAAACUUUCAGAACAUCUUUCCUCCCUCUGCAACACUUCACCUCUCCAAUGUCCGGGAUGGACUUGGAGAGGAUGAUCUACGCCUUCUGUUCUCUAACAGCGGAGGAACUGUAAAGGCCUUCAAGUUCUUCCAGGACCGUAAGAUGGCCUUGAUCCAGAUGACGUCAGUAGAGGAAGCGAUCCAGACUCUGAUGGACCUUCACAACUAUGACAUGGGAGGGAAUCAUCACCUGAAAGUUUCCUUUUCAAAGUCUACCAUCUAACCCUCAAAGCUGACUCCUAAACCUUAAGAUCUAUGACGAGCGAGGAAGUCACUAUCAUUUGUCUUCUUUUCAACAUUUUCUGUUAACCUCUUCUGUGCUAUCCCCAGACCUUUUAAUGAAUUCGUACAAUAUUGUACCAAUGAAAUGUAAAUGCAACGCUUCGAAGUAAAACAUUAGAAAUAGUUUUCAGUUAAAAUAUAGCAAUGCAUACAUCAGUCCUGGCCUAAAGGCAGUUUGCAAAGUUUACAAAUUCCUUACUAUGACAUCUCAAAGAGCAGCUCAACACCAGCAGAAA